AAGAAUACGCCAAAAAAGAAACGCGUUCUCAUGGUUUGUUUUGGCAAUACUUGUCGAUCGCCAAUUGCCGAAGCUGUUUUUCGAAAAUAUAUUACGGAUAAUAAUAUCACAAACGAUUGGGAAGUUGAUAGUGCAGCAUUAUUUGGAUAUCACGAGGGGAAAAGUAUUAAUACAAAAUCCAUUGAAGUUCUUAAAAAAAAUGGAAUCACCGACUAUUAUCACGUGGCUCGAAUUAUAAAAAAGGAUGACUUUGAUACUUUCGACUGGAUUUUCGGAAUGGAUGAUUCCAAUAUUGAACAUUUGGGCCGAAUACAACCACAAGGGAGUGCAGCUAAAAUUGAACUUUUAGGUCAAUAUGAUCCAGAGGGGGAAGUCAUCAUUGAAGAUCCAUAUUUUGAUACUAAUCUCUAUAGAUUCGAAAAAGCUUAUCAACAAUGCUUAAGAAGCAUUCCAAUAUUUGUUAAAAUAUGGCAAUAA